GCCCGCCUACUUAAAGUUCUUCCGUUUUCCAAACCCGUUCUACUUCCUUUCCGCCCGUACGAGCUCUGCCGUGAACACACGAUACCACGCUGUCUUAAAGAUGCGUUACGUAGCUGCAUACCUGCUCGCUUCCCUCGGAGGCAAGGAUAGCCCAAAUGCCGCCGAUAUCAAGAAAAUCCUUGAGAGCGUUGGCAUUGAGGCCGAUGACACACGUCUGGAGAAGGUUGUCUCUGAACUCAGUGGCAAGAAUGUAGAAGAGGUGAUUGCUCAGGGCUACGGUAAACUGGCCAGCGUACCCUCCGGAGGAGCUGUGGCGGUGGCCGCCUCUGGUGGUGGAUCUGGUGGAGCUGCUGCCCCUGCUGCAGCUGCUGAGGAGAAGAAGGAAGAGAAGAAAGAGGAGUCUGAGGAAUCUGAGGAUGACAUGGGAUUCGGACUCUUCGAUUAAACUUCUUUGGACUAAAAUAAAAUAUUUGUACAAAC